AUGCAUUCUAAAACAGUAAGCAGAGAGAGAAGGAAUGCGAUAUACCCUGAGAAAGGCCCUCCGCUGGUACUCUGGCGAGAGGGGUUCCGGAGGCCUGCUCGUCCCGAACACUUGUGCGUGCAAGCGAUCAGCCUCCGUCACUUGACAUCGUGGGAUGAUGCGAGCAGUCGUGCGGAUGCACUCUCCAAAAACCUUAGCUCCCGCCUACCUGUGCAGCUCUCGAUCACAAUGUUUCCUCUCGUGCUUGCCAUCUUAAUAACAAUGGCCGUCGUCGCCAUGCCCCAUCCCGUCCUCUCUCACCCACUCGACCCUCUUUCUCCCCUCGAGCUCACGGCGGCGACGUCUGCCGUCCUCGCAUCCCCUCUCCUCCAUGGCCAUGGCCGCCCAGUCUCCUUCCACUACGUCGGCCUCGACGAGCCCGACAAACCCGACGUCGUCUCUCGCCGCCACGGCGCCGCCGCCAACGGCACCGCCCUCCUCCUCCCACGCCGCGCGUUUGUCAUCGCGCGAGCCGGUGGCGCCUCCCACGAGCUCCGCGUCGACGUCACCGACACCGCCGCCCCCUCCGUGGUCUCGCACGGCGUCCACCGGGGCCCCGGCUUCCCCAUGUUCACGACGGAGGAGCAGGUGGCGGCGUCCGCGGUGGCGGGCCGGUACCCUCCCCUGGCGGAGUCCGUGCGGCGGCGCGGGCUGGCCAUGGGCGACGUCGGCUGCGGGGUGUUCUCCAUGGGGUGGUUCGGCGACAGCGGCGACGGCGACGGCGAGGCGGCGACAAGGCUGGCGAAGAUGCAGUGCUUCGUCACAGGCGGCGGCGCCACCGCCAACUUCUACGCGCGGCCGCUGGAGGGCGUGACGAUGGUGGUGGACCUCGAGCGCAUGGCGAUCGUCGGGUUCAGAGACAGGGCGGUGUACGCGGUGCCCAAGGCCGACGGGACGGACUACCGCGCCGGCAAGGCCGGGCCGCCGUUCAACGGAGCAGUGCCGGCGGCUGGCGUCGUGGUGCAGCCGGAGGGGAAGGGCUUCCACAUAGACGGUCAUGUUGUGAGGUGGGCCAACUGGGAGUUCCACGUGGGCUUCGACAUGCGAGCCGGCACCGUCAUCUCGGCGGCCUCCGUCCGCGACGCCGACGCCGGCGCGUGGCGGCGGGUCCUUUACCGCGGCUUCGUCUCGGAGGUGUUCGUGCCCUACAUGGACCCGGAGGAGGAGUGGUACUUCCACACGUUCAUGGACGCCGGCGAGUACGGCCUCGGCGUCUCGGCGGUCCCGCUCCAGCCCGGCGCCGACUGCCCGCCCAGCGGCGCCGGCUACAUGGACGCCUACUACGCCAGCGCCGACGGCAGCCCCGUCAGGUCCGGGAACGCCAUCUGCGUCUUCGAGCGGUACGCCGGCGACGUCGCGUGGCGCCACACCGAGGUCGCCGGGCCGGACGCGCCGGUCACCGAGGUCCGGCCAGACGUGACAUUGGUGGUGAGGAUGGUGGCGACGGUUGGGAACUAUGACUACACCUUCGAUUGGGAGUUCAAGACUAGCGGCUCCAUCAAGACUGUGGUGUCUCUUAGCGGCAUCCUGGAGAUGAAGGCAACAAACUACACGCAUGUCAGCCAGAUCAGAUCAGCCGACGACGCGCACGGCACGCUCGUCGCCGAGAACACCGUCGGCGUCUACCACGACCACUUCGUCACCUACCACCUCGACCUCGACAUCGACGGCACCAACAACUCGUUCGUCAAGAACACCAUCGUCCCCAGGCGCAACAGCGGCGUCCCGGCAACCGGCGGCGCUCCCACGCCGAGGAGGAGCUACUGGACGGUGCUCCGGGAGGUGGCCGAGACCGAGGCCCAAGGUCAGGUGGAUGUCGUCAAUGGCGCGCCUGCGGAGCUCCUCUUCGUCAACCCGAGCAAGAAGACGAAGAUUGGCAACGAGGUCGGCUACCGGCUCGACCCGGGCGGCGCGACGGCGGCCUCGCUGCUGGCCGACGACGACUACCCCCAGCGGCGAGCCGGCUACACCAAGAAGCAGGUGUGGGUGACGCCGUACAACAAGUCGGAGAAGUGGGCGUCCGGCCUGUACGCCGACCGGAGCACCGGAGACGACAACCUGGCCGCCUGGAGCAAGAGGAACAGAAGGAUCAAGGACGAGGACAUCGUCGUGUGGUACACGGUGGGGCUGCACCACAUCCCCUACCAGGAAGACUUCCCGGUGAUGCCGACGUUGAGCGCCGCGUUCGAGCUCCGGCCGGCCAACUUCUUCGAGAGGAACCCACUGAUCCGAGCGGCGCCACCCAGGAGCUCUCCGAACUGCUCGUGCAGCCCUGGAUCCUGAUGUGAUAAGGUGAUCAGAGAUUCAGGACCACGCCCCACCCGCCAUGAGAUGCCAUCUGUGUUGAACAAUUGUGACAUGCUUUUAGUUCUCCUCGAUCUCUCCCCGAUCUCUCUGUUCCACGCUACAAAAUUUUUAAUUCUUAUAUAGAU